UGUGAAGAAAUCUCUCCGCUUCCGCCGGCCAGAGGACCGCGGUAGUUCCGGUCUGUGAGAGAAAGGCGGAUGAAACGCUCCUAACAGGGAACAAAGGACGAGUCAGCUAACCAAUGUGUGAAUAGCUCUUUCCGCUUGAACCCAGACUGCAUCCACGAUGUCAAAACGGCCAUCCUACGCACCUCCCCCUCCCCCAGCCCCAACAGCACAAUUGCCUUCCACCCCUGGGUUUGUGGGCUACAACCCUUACAGCCAUCUGGCCUACAACAACCUCCGGCUGGGAGGGAGCUCCGGAGGCUCCAGCAGGAACGCCUCGGGCAUCACCGUCCCAAAGCCUCCCAAACCUCCAGACAAGCCACUGAUGCCUUACAUGCGGUACAGCCGGAAGGUAAGCAGGAAGGUAUGGGACCAAGUGAAGGCAUCCAACCCCGACCUGAAGCUGUGGGAGAUCGGGAAGAUUAUCGGAGGGAUGUGGAGAGACCUGACUGAUGAAGAGAAACAGGACUACCUGAACGAGUACGAAGCUGAGAAGAUUGAGUAUAAUGACUCUUUGAAGGCCUACCACAACUCCCCAACCUACCUGGCCUACAUCAACGCUAAGAACCGGGCUGAGGCUGCAAUGGAAGAGGAGAGCAGACAGAGGCAGAGUCGUAUGGACAAAGGCGAACCAUACAUGAGCAUUCAGCCUGCUGAAGACCCUGAUGACUAUGACGAUGGUUUUUCAGUGAAGCACACAGCAGCUGCUCGCUUCCAGAGGAACCACCGGCUCAUCAGCGACAUCCUCAGUGAGAUUGUGGUACCUGAUGUCCGCUCAGUGGUAACCACAGCCCGCAUGCAGGUCCUCAAGAGGCAGGUCCAGUCUCUUAUGGUGCACCAGAGGAAGCUGGAGGCUGAACUUCUGCAGAUCGAGGAUCGCCACCAAGACAAGAAAAGACGCUUCCUGGAGACCACUGACUCGUUCAACACUGAACUCAAGCGGCUCUGUGGUCAGAAGGUUGAGGUGGACAUGGAAAAGCUUGCAGCAGAGAUGGCCGCUGCUGAAGAGGCGGCCCGUCGCCGGGCAGAGGAGAGGGAGCGUGAGGCAGCUGAGCAGGCAGAGAAAGCUGCUCAGCAGGCGCAGCAGCAACAGCAGCAGCAACAACAGCAGCAGCAGCAACAACAACAACAACAACAACAACAACAGCAGCAACAACAACAACAACAGCAGCAACAGCAGCAACAGCAGCAGCAGCAACAGCAGCAGCAGCAGCAACAACAGCAGCAGGAGGCUGCUUGCAACAAAGCUGCUGAGCAGAGCAGUGCUAAUGCUAAAGGCACAGCUAACCCCCCUUCAGGGACCAAGGAGGAGGACAUGCCCCCACCAGUGGCGACAGAUAAAGCUGCGCCUGCAGAGCCCUCCUCAGAUUCCCAUGCUACUCCACCUCCUCCAUCUGAGGCGCCCUCUUCUGCUUCUGAUAAAGCAACUCCUCCUCCUCCUGAGCCUCCCAGGGAGAGCAGCACCCCCAACAGCAGCAUCCCCAGUGACGACUGCAGCAACAGCAGCAACAGCAUGCCCCCUCCACCCUCAGAGAGCACCCCUGGAGUAGCAGCCCCAGAGCCCCCAGUGGGCCAGGAAGCCAACUCCACCGCAGCUAACCCUAAUGUGUCCGCAGCACCUCCGCCUCCCUCAGAAGAACCAGCCCCUCCCCCUCCACCACCACUACUACCCUCUAGCCAAAACAGCCAACAGUAUGAUAUGUAAGAGUCAGUGUGUAAUACACACAGUGGUAGCUGUGGAUGUCUUCCCUGUGCUGCAGCUCCCCUUCUGUGAGAGGAGCAGCAGGUGAGGAAGUGUUUUUUAUGAUUAGAGAGUAAGAUUGAAGCCCUGUUCAGACCUGGUGUUAACAUUUGUCCCAGGUGAUCCCAUCACAAGCAGACGGCUCUGAGUACAGGUGUGAACACUCCCAGCAUGCAUUGAGCAUUUGGGAACAGAAAUGUGUUUAUUUGCAUUAAGUGGGAUCAGAUCCCAUGUGAUCACUGGAGACGCUUUCUUAGAGACAGAUAUUGAUACCAAGUCUGAACCAGGCCUGAUGGUGAGAAGUGCUGAAUGGUUGAGGGUCUGUUAUUUAGGUCAAUAAAUAGCUAACAUGCAUUUUAAUGAGCUGUGUGUGGUUUUCAUCUUGUAGCGUCAGGCAUCCAGACCAACCAAUGAGGAUUUCACUUACACCUGUAUGUUUCCUUUAGAUUUAUUCAUCAGUAGUAAUGAGUGCGAUUUUGACCUGACUGAGUUUGUGCUACAGGCUUUGUACAAACUUCUUCUCAUGUAAUCAUCUCACCCAAUGGAUUUCCCUGUCGUCUAAGAAAAACCACAUACAGGCUGAGCCCACGGCACCAGAGGGCUGUUAAAAUGUAAAUGAUCAACAAUAACCUCACUGUCUUCUUUGACGUCAUAUACCGGUAUCUCACGUAAAACACCUUAACAUGACCGUUACUAAUCUGCUCCUUCUUAUCGUCCAAAACCGGUUACCUCCAAUUGAGUUUCCAACUGACAGGGUCCACAUUCACUGAACUUACACCCAGAAGAGAUUCGGUCAUGGGCUGCAUCUAAUCAUUUAUUUCCUUAGCAUGCAUGUUCAAAGCUGUUUUGACUUAUCACCGAGCUUCACAGUAGAUUAUCAGCCCAUGUUGUCAUAAAUCUGCAGGAAAACGCGAUUCUCUAGCCCUGACGAGCACCGUUCAACUGACCUAACAUACGAGCAGUAACUAGCAGCUCGACUCAGCCUCACACCUACACUUUAUCUGUGAAAUGUCACGUGCUCGACCAACCGCCCAAAACUCAAAUGUAAGUGAUGGAGAAAAGCAGAGGAUCUUCAUUAUGAGGGAGUGGAAGCAGAGCACAAUAAAAGUGAUUGAAAUGACUAAUCUGUUAUUAACAUAGACUCCCUUUACUUUGCUCUUGAUUAAAUCUAUGAGUCGUCAUGUCUGCUACUGUUGUAAGGGGACUUGUCUACAUUGUUCCAUAGUACAACCUUUUGUGUGACACGGGAUGAAGAGACGUUAGGUGUUGCUUGUAGGGAGAAGGCGUGGCUGUCUUUUUAUUUUUUUUUCAUAUCCAUAACUGCCACUGUGUAGACUUAAUACUGUUGGAUGUGGCUGAAAUGUUAUGAGUACAGAUGUAUGAACCUUUAAAUCAGCACUGUAUAAUUUGCUGAGAUAAGACCACAGCUGCAAACUCCAGGGGGUUCCUUGUAUAUUUUACCUUCUGUCCGACUAGCUAGGAACAUUUUUCUGGAUAAAGUGCGAUGUUGCAUGAAACCCCCUACUUGUAAAACCUCAAACUUUUCUACUUUAUCAUUUUGUUUGAUUUGCAAAACAACUACUGUUAGUUCUACUUUGUGUUUUUUUUUAGAAAUAUAGUGGAACCUUUUCAGAUAAAUAUAAUCAAAUUCAGCCUCUGUAUUAAACCUUUAUCAAAACUUUCAAUCCGAUGCCAUUUCCAACAUGUUUUAGUUCGGCAGGGGGCAACACAUAUUGUUCCAGGUCUGGAAAAUGCCACAUUUCAAUUAUUUAUGCACCCACACUCUGCAUGUCAUACUGAAUACUAACCAUUGAAUCCUUAAGUUUUAGUCAAUGAGCGAAGGCCAUGAGAAACUGUUCAAAUUUAAAUGUAGGACAAAAUGCUGCAAAAAACCAAAUAAUUUACAUGAUUUGUGUUUUUUAAAUCUGUUAAUCAAAUGACCAGCAUGGGUAUUAAAAAGUUGAUAUGGAUGUCUGUUCCCCCGUAGUCAUCACAUUUAUUUCGGAAAGAUUUGACACCAACUCUUUCAGCAUUUCAUCCGAAAGACCUUCUCAAAGAGUUGAGGCUAUUUUUGUAAGGUUGCAUUGCUCCUUUAGACGGCAUAUUCCUGUUAACACCACAACAACUUCAGAGAAAUGCACAGUCUACUCUCAUCUUAAUAUAACCUCAGUCACUUGUGCAUUUAAAGGACUAUUUUCUUACUUGAAUUAGACUGUUUUAAGUAAUAUGCUUCUGUUUUUUUUGCAUCUUUUUUUGUACCGUCAACUUAUCUAUCAAAAUAAAGGUGAUUUCUCAGUCA